GAAUAACUAAAUAGUAUAAUUACUUUGUGUAGUGACGUGUCGCAGAUAGAUAGACAAACCCACGGAAAAAUGAGCAGUCAUGGAAAGCUGCAGGGCAAUGUGCGAGGCAACUCAAAUAUUUUUCAAAUACGAAUCGACAGCGUUGAUGAUGAGAGCACCGCACCCAUAACUGAGUCCAAUUCGCGCGAGGAUCUCAUUGGCAGCGGCGCACUCGAGACCGAGAGAGCCAGUGAGCAGACAGUGUUUCAGUUUCCAAGAUUCCUGUCAGUGCCCACUUUACGUAGUGGGCGCAACUCUCCAAACAGGCGACAAGUCGUCUCAAGUCCAGCCAAAAGCGAGCGAGCAAUUCGCCAAAAUCAUCCCAAGUCGCGUCCACGACGGCUUAGCCAGGACAGCGGCAUUGUAGCAGGUCGUCUAGUUGCUUAUGGUGAUAGAAAUUUAAUUGAAUUGGAUCUGGAGGCUCCACCAAUGGAGCCCAGCAUCACUGCCGACAGCAUAUACCAUUUUAUGGAUGUGGAACGUCAAGCGGUGAACAAACCCGUCUCGCCAAAACCCCCCGUGGACAAACAGAGCUCGGGCAGCAGCGGCUCUGCCUCCUACACAGAGAAAUGGCUCAACUCCUCGAUGGUGCGUGGCAGCAAUGCCUCAUGUUACUCGAAGGGCAACUCGAUAACGAUGCCGCUGCCCACACACCUGGAAACAGAAUCCGCGGAGCCGAGUCCCACGCAAGCAUUCGGACCCAAAGUUGUGGACAGACCUGAGGAGGAUAUACCAGGCACAGCAAUGCGUCGCACUCUGGGCUUGCACAUUAGCCCGGCGCUGAAUGGGCGCAAUUCCAGCGAGGUGGAUGACAAAGGGAAUCAGUCAAAUGAAGUAAUCGAGUCGUCACAUUCGAAUGAGCUGGCAGAUCAGUUUGGCUAUCGACAAUUGAUGCCCACCGAUCGAAGGACAUCCACCGGAGAGAGCAGCAGCAUUAGUGGCAGCUAUGCCAGCAGUCGCAAGGCCAGCAAGAGCAACAGCCUGACGGGCGAUGGCAGCGAGGGAGAGCGACGCAUAAGCAAACAGGAUAGGGAGGGCCUCGACCCGGAGUCACUGAUGUUUCGGGACGGACGGCGCAAGGUGGACAUGGUGCUGGCCUGGGAGGAGGAGGAUCUGGGCGUCAUGACCGAGGCGGAGGCACGUCGGCGCGAUAUAAGGCGCUGUUUUAUGGAGAAUCUAGUGAAGGAAGGACUCGACGUUGAGCUGGAGGACAAGUCACAGUCGUUCAACGAAAAAACAUUUUUCCUCAAGAUCCAUCUGCCGUGGCGCCUCGAAACACGACUAGCUGAGGUCAUGAAUCUUAAGUUGCCCAUCAAACGCUUCAUAACAAUAACCGUAAAGUCGUCUUGGGAUGAUGAGAACGUCGUCAUGCGCAAUGUGCAAUACUGGAAGGAUAUGUGGCAACGGCUCACCAAAAAGAUCCAACUCGAUCACAGCCUGCUGGAAGGCGAGACAACUUUCAAGGCUGCGACAGCCAACGGCAAUCCGGAGGAACAGUUCAUUGUUAAGGAUCGUGCCACGGCGUACACAAGUGCUCAGCGGUCGCUGAUGGUGAUGCAGGUGCUGAUUCGGACACCCUACGAGGAGGGUGAUCGCAAUGGCAUCCGACGACUGCUCAACGAUGGCACCUAUCUGGGCUGCUUUCCGCUGCACGAGGGUCGCUACGAUCGGCCCCAUUCGAGCGGUGUUUCCCUGGAUCGCCGAGUGCUUUAUCAGACCUGGGCAACUCCUUCGCAGUGGUACAAGAAGCAGCCGCUUUGCCUGGUGCGCAAGUACUUUGGAGACAAAAUCGCGCUCUACUUUUGUUGGUUGGGUUUCUACACCGAAAUGCUGGUUUACCCCUCGGUUGUUGGCACUCUGUGCUUUAUUUAUGGCCUGGCCACACUGGAGUCGGAGGACAAUACGCCAAGCAAGGAGAUCUGCAAUGAGUCCGGCACCGGCAACAUUACCCUGUGUCCGCUUUGUGAUAGGGCGUGCAGCUAUCAGCCGCUCUACAAAUCAUGCCUCUUCUCACGAUUAACUUACCUCUUCGACAACCCGUCAACGGUAUUUUUUGCCAUUUUCAUGUCUUUCUGGGCCACCACUUUCCUGGAACUGUGGAAACGCAAGCAAUCAGUCUUAGUAUGGGAAUGGGACCUCCACAACGUCGAAUUGGAUGAGGAGAACCGGCCCGAGUUCGAGACGAACGCAACCACAUUUCGCAUGAAUCCAGUGACACGGGAGAAGGAACCCUAUAUGUCCACUUGGAGCCGCGCUAUUCGAUUCGUAAUAACGGGAAGUGCCGUGCUCUUUAUGAUCGCAGUUGUGCUCUCCGCCGUGCUGGGCACAAUCAUCUAUCGCGUAUCCUUGGUAUCGGUUAUCUAUGGCGGGGGAGGCUUCUUUGUGAAUGAGCAUGCCAAGCUAUUUACCACAGUGACAGCGGCGUUGAUCAAUUUGGUUGUCAUUAUGAUACUCACACGGAUCUAUCACCGCAUGGCAAUUAAGUUGACAAACCUGGAGAAUCCUCGCACCCACACCGAAUACGAGGACUCAUACACCUUUAAGAUAUUCUUCUUUGAGUUCAUGAACUUCUACUCGUCGCUCAUCUACAUAGCGUUCUUUAAGGGACGCUUCUUCGACUAUCCCGGCGAUGAUCAGGCGCGGCGCAGUGAGUUCUUCCGCCUCAAGAAUGACAUCUGUGAUCCGGCGGGCUGCCUCUCCGAGCUCUGCAUACAGUUGGCCAUUAUUAUGGUGGGCAAGCAAUGCUGGAACAACUUUAUGGAAUAUCUUUUUCCCAAGUUCUGGAACUGGUGGCGUCAGCGUAAGCAUAAACAGGCUACUAAGGAUGAAUCGCAUUUACAUAUGGCUUGGGAACAGGACUAUCAUAUGCAGGACCCAGGACGCUUGGCCCUAUUUGACGAGUACCUAGAAAUGAUUCUUCAAUAUGGCUUUGUGACACUGUUUGUGGCCGCAUUUCCAUUGGCGCCGCUAUUUGCACUACUCAACAAUGUGGCCGAGAUUCGAUUGGAUGCCUACAAGAUGGUCACACAGGCGAGGCGACCGUUGGCGGAGCGUGUGGAGGACAUUGGCGCCUGGUACGGCAUUCUGCGUAUUAUCACCUACACGGCCGUCGUCUCGAAUGCGUUUGUGAUCGCCUACACAAGUGAUUUCAUUCCACGCGUCGUUUAUAAGUUUGUCUACUCGGAGUCAAAUACCUUGGCUGGCUACAUUGAGCACUCCCUGUCCGUAUUCAAUACAUCCGAAUACAAGGAGGAAUGGGGUGCGACGAGUAGCGAACUCGAUCCCGACACCUGUCAAUAUAGGGGUUAUCGGAAUGGCCCCAAGCACUAUGAGCCUUAUGGCCUUAGUCCCCACUAUUGGCAUGUUUUUGCCGCACGCCUGGCCUUCGUCGUGGUGUUUGAGCACGUUGUGUUCGUCCUAACCGGCAUCAUGCAGUUCAUCAUACCCGAUGUGCCCUCGGAGGUGAAGACACAAAUGCAGCGCGAGCAGCUGCUAGCCAAGGAGGCCAAAUACCAGCAUGGCAUCAAGCGGGCGCAGGGCGACAAUCAGGAUAUUAUGAGCCUGUUCCGCGAUGCCAGCCAUCGCACAUCCAUAGCCGGGGGCCAGGCAAAUCCGCGCGGGAGUUGGGCUCGCCGCUUCAGCCGCAUGAGUGACGGACUGGAUGCCCAUGUGGAGGUCGCUGGGCGUCCGCGUCGAUCGGUUGAGUCCACCGUGUGGGAGGUUUCCUGACACGAGGAGGAGGCGGAGAGCACAGAGCCCAGUGAAGCAAAGAGAUGAGAUUGGCAACUGGUCAAUGGCCACGAUCUGUUCACGUCCAUAUUGCUCGUUCAGUGUCGUAUUUAAUUUCAUUGUUAUCAAGUCAAUCAUUUAUGUCCGUAAUCAAGUUCCUUUACUGUACCUAUUUUGUGUAAAUAAAUUGUAUUUUA